UGAAAAAUGUUUUUCUGGAGUCAUUCCUGUCCAGCACUAAUAUUCUUUUUUUUUGGUACCGGGGAUCGAACUUAGGACUUGAGCUUGCAAGGCAGUCGCAGUGCCACUGAGCUAAAUCCCCGGGCCUUGGCACUAGUGUUCUUGAUUCUAAUGUGACUUGAGAUACGAAAUGAGUUUCCUGCUCCCCUUGCAAAUUGUUUUCAUGUGAUAAUAUCUAGGUUUUAUAUUUGUAGGAAAGUAAUAGAAACCUACUACAGGUUUCCUUUUUCACUUAGAAAUCUUUCAUUUUAACUUGAAUUGUUUCCCUAAAUAUAGUUUAGUACCUUGUUUUUCUUUACAUCUGAUCUUUAAUUUUCACUUAUAAAACCACCUUUAUUCUUUAUAUUUGUGAUUUUUAUUUCUUGAUGAAAAAUUAGGACAUAUGGAUAAAGGAGAAAACAACCUGCUCAGAGUUAUUUUCAGUACAUGUCUUUCAAAAAGAUCUAUCUAGUAUACCUCAAGCUGUGUCUGCAUAGGUGUACAAAUUGGUCUCUCAAAUGGCAGUGCUCUACUUGCUUACAGCAGGAAGUCAGGGCCUUUUCUUGUGUGACUCUCCAUAAGUAAGGGGAACAAAAGUCUCUAGUUAUGAGGGACUUUUUGCAUUGCUGCCUAGAGCCCUAAUAGUUCCUCUAGCUUUGAAUCUUCUGCCUUUGCCAUCCUUCUGUGUUGCUGACCACUCCUUCGCUGCUGCUGGCUGACCCUGAACCACACUGACAUUCUUCAUGUGGCUGGUGUCCAUACAACCCACAGACCACACCUGCCCAUGGUAUAGCUAAAUUCCUAUGUUUUAUCAUCUUUGGUCUUUUUUCACUCAGACCAUUAGGAAAAGGUAUGAUUUUUAUGGUCAGCUCUUUGAGAAGAAUUUCUUUAGCAGAAAAUUUGGAAUACUGGUGACAGAAUUAUUUUCUAUUUCACAGUGAUUUCCUUCUCAGAAUUUAUAGUCAGUUCGGGGCACUUCAUGCCUUGUUACUGGAGAGGGACAUUGUUGAGGGAGCAAUAAGAUAUCUUUCAUAGUCCAUGGGAUGCAUCCUACCUACCUUCCCCUCCCCUCCCCUUCUGUUCCCUUUGGAUGAAACGGGACCUCUAGCAUGUUACACAGUUGCUCUUCCACUGAGUCACAUUUCUUGCCCUUAUUCCUCUUUAAGAAGGGAACUUUUGUUUAGUGUGAGUGUAAACUUUUCAAGGGGAAUUUUUUUGCUCUUAGUACAUUGCAUGGUAUUAUAGAGAGGACCUUUGUAAUUAUUUGUUGUGUAGAUUGUUGAGUUAAUAUAUUCUAUGUAAUGAGCUUAGUACUGUGAAGGAAUCGGAAAAAGCAUGUUGUAUUAUCAUUAAGUUGCUUUUUCUGAUACAUCGUUUUUGUUUUUCUUUUUUAAAAUACAGUCAUAAUUGUUAUAGCAUAACUGAAGAGGUAAGAAAUACAAAUAGAGAUCAGCUAAGAAGUGAAAAUAAGUCCUAUGGGAAUUUUGAGGCUAGAGAACAUGUUAAUAGCUCAGUCUUGUUUCCUUUCUGAAGCUGAGUUGGGGAAGGGUUGGCAUGAUCUUUGCAAGCAGAGAAUGGUUUAGACAGAUGGAGUGAGAGAAUAGGAGGCCUCCCUGUUCACAAAACUCAAAGCUGAAGGGAGUGUUGAUGCAGCUGAGCUAUUCUGAGAUACUCUGUGCCAUGGUUAUGUAUGCUUUCCACUUUUUCCUCCAUACGUCAUCUUCCAUAGAAAGCGUCCAUGGGAAUAAAAUACUAAUAACUUCUCUUUUUACCUGUUUCAAAAUAGCAAGUGGAGAAUAUAUUUUGAAUUUGUUAUAUGGGAGGAUAGUUAGGAGUGGCAGAUCUUGAAGUCCUCUGUCUCUGACGUGUGAUAAAGAAGUUUAGAAUCCUGUUUUCUCCUCCUCAGAUAUAACUUUCAUCCCCUAAAUCUUCAGGGAAGCCAUUUUUCCUCCUAUUCCUUGUUACUUAACUGUAGGAGAACAAGGACCACAUACACAGUGGAGGAGCCAGAAACCCAAAGGCUGUUUCUUGUUUCUGCCUUAAGAGUGGGGAGGCACUUAUUGAUUUCCAGAGAGUGUCAGGGUGGUUUGCACAAUGUCCCAGAGUGCCACAUACAAUCACAAGGUUUUCUCUUGAUACUCUUUAAAUAUAAUUAAUAUAAUAAUGUUAUAUAACUUAAACUGUAAGGGAAAGGAAGUGAUUUUAUUUAUUAAGAUCUCCAUAGAAAUAUACUUUAUUUUACAAUUUCUGAAUGUGAAAACAUUCUUCUCUGUUCUCCUAAAAGUUAAAACCUAAAUAGGUAGUAGGGCAAAUAUUACUCUAUUUACAUAGAAGCCUGGGGUUGAGAGAGGAAACUAAUUAAAAUGGAAUAUUACUGUGUUCUGGCUGUUUGCUCACUCUGCAACUUCUGGCUGUAGCUAAGGCUCUGGAAGAGGAUAUGUGUUUUUCCUUUCCUUUUACUCCACCCUUGUCUACUGCAAUUGGUGAUGUACUUCUGUUUUCCCUCUUUGAAGGAACUUGUGGAAGAAUUUGCUUCUUGAAUAAACUGUAGUCUUUUCUCUACACAAAGAAUUUUUAAGGCUACCAGAUGGACAGAAGCAAGUUAAACUGAAAGCUCAUCUGUAUCUCAGAAAAGACAUGGAGUUUUGAGCAGUGAAGGUAGCAUGGUGUCGGCCAUGGGUGAUCAGGACACAGCUGGACAAUGUGGACCAAUUUCUUCAAACUACGGCUUUUCUGCUGUCUGCUUGCAGUGUUGAUGGUGGUGGUGCUGGUCAUCAAUGUUACUCAGGUAGAGUACUUGGACCGUGAGACUGUGUCAGCCACAUUCAUUGACAGCAGUGGACAGUUUGUUUCCUCCCAGGCUGCAGGCAUCAGCCGGAAUCCCUACUGUGGCUAUGAGCGCCAGACCCUGUCCAGUCGGGAGCGCAUGGAGGAGGACUCCUUGCUGGCUGCCUUGCAGUGGCAGGUGUCUGAUGUGGGCCUAGUCCCCUUUGUGAAGAGCACUGAUCCUUCUUCUAGCUACUUUGUCAUUUUGAACUCUGCAGCCUUCUUCAAGGUGGGAAGUCAGCUGGAAGUGCUGGUUCAUGUGCAGGAUUUUCAAAGAAAGCCCAAGAAGUAUGGUGGAGACUACUUACAGGCCAGAAUCCACUCCUCCAAGCUGCAGGCAGGGGCUGUGGGCAGGGUGGUCGACUACCAGAAUGGCUUUUACAAGGUAUUUUUUACUUUGCUCUGGCCAGGCAAAGUUAAAGUGUCCAUAUCUCUGGUUCACCCCAGUGAAGGGAUCAGAGUUCUUCAACACCUGCAGGAAGAGAAACCAGAUAGGGUCUUUUUCAAGAGUCUGUUCCGUUCAGGAAGAAUUUCUGAAACUACUGAGUGCAAUGUGUGUCUUCCUGGGAGUCUGCCUCUGUGUAACUUCACAGAUCUCUACACUGGAGAGCCCUGGUUCUGCUUCAAGCCAAAGAAGCUCCCCUGUAGCAGCAGAAUUAACCAUUUCAAAGGUGGAUACCUAAAGGGCCUCCUAACUGCGUCCGAGAGUGCUUUCUUCCAGAGUGAUGUCAAUAUUAAAAUGCCCAUCAACUCCAGUGGACCAGACUGGGUGACUGUGAUUCCCAGCAGAAUAAAAGAAACUUACAACUUAGAAUUAUCUCAAGGCUCAGGAACUUUUCCUUCUGGUUAUUAUUACAAAGACCAGUGGAGGCCCAGAAAGUUUAAGAUGCGCCAGUUCAAUGACCCUGACAACAUUACAGAAUGCUUGCAGAGAAAGGUGGUAUAUUUUUUUGGUGACUCUACAAUCAGGCAGUGGUUUGAAUACCUUACUGCAUUUGUUCCAGAUUUAGUGGAGUUUAACUUGGGUAGUCCCAAGAAUGUGGGUCCCUUCCUUGCAGUGGACCAGAAGCACAACAUCCUGCUCAAAUACCGCUGCCAUGGUCCACCUAUCCGCUUCACGACUGUCUUUAGCAAUGAGCUCCAUUAUGUGGCAAAUGAACUGAAUGGCAUCGUGGGAGGGAAGAACACAGUAGUUGCCAUAGCCAUAUGGUCUCACUUCAGCACCUUCCCCUGGGAGGUGUACAUCCGGCGGCUCAGGAACAUCCGGAGAGCAGUGGUCCAGCUCUUGGAUCGAAGCCCUAAGACCAUAGUGGUCAUCCGAACAGCCAAUGCCCAGGAGCUAGGGCCUGAGGUGAGCCUCUUCAAUAGUGACUGGUACAACUUUCAACUGGACACUAUCCUUCGGAGGAUGUUCUCAGGGGUUGGUGUAUAUCUUGUUGAUGCCUGGGAGAUGACCUUGGCCCAUUAUCUACCCCACAAGCUGCAUCCAGAUGAAGUUAUUGUGAAGAACCAGCUGGACAUGUUCUUGUCUUUUGUGUGCCCCUUGGAGACCUAGCCUGCCUUGGCCGAGACUAGAGGAAUCACAUUCAGUGACCUUCCCAACUGAUCUGCAUUACAGAAAGUUCCUGGGUGGCCCCAUUGUGAAGUGGCUA